UUUAUAGACGAAUAAUAAAUAUAAAGAAACGCAUUCAUUCGAGGCGGGAAAUGACGAUUCCAAAAAGUAUAAACGCCAUUUAGGGAAUAUAAACUACGUUACCCAGGAGGCUUUUCUGUAUACGUCAUUUACAAUUGCCACUUUUUUUGUUUACGUUUUUCCACCAGUGCUAGCUAGUUAGUUCCGGGCAGAAUUGUAUUAUUUUGAAGGCAUUAAAACAUUUUUUGUGACUAGCAAAAACGUUUAUUUAAAAAAAAAAAAAAAAAACGAAUUUAAGAAAAAUAUAAGUUGGGACUUCUGGCACUCUGGGGCAAAAACGCAACUAUGCUAGUAGUUAGCUUCUCACUUUCGUUUGGUUGAAAUUCUAGUCUUGCCGACGCUAGUUCAUCGUUAUUCGGAAAUCGUCUCCGGAUAAGAUGCUGUUGGUUUUUCUUUGCUGCGGUCUGUGUCUGACCGGGUUAGGACAGCAAGCUAACGGCGGGUGGCUUGACCCCUUCGACAUGCUAAACUACGACUCCAGCUCCAAAACAAUGAGGAACUCCGAGUCACAAACCCGCGACAUUGCUGAAGACGAGCCCCAGCAGAAAACAAACCAGGCUGUGCUGCCCCAAUGUAACCAGCAUGUCACAGAUCUACUGGAACAGAUUAAAGAGCAAAAGAAUAAAAUCAACAUCAUCUCCCAACAAUCGUCAUGCAAUCCUGCUUUCAAGAGGUUCCUAAACAGACUCCUGAAGGAAGUGCACAGAGUUGGUGGGCCUUCUCAGUCUGAAGAUGGUAAAUAUGACGCCAGCAUAAAGUUGUCCAAACAAGCCAUAAAAGAGAUCCAGUCACUGGUGGACGGUGAAGAUCGGUGGAAAACUGGAGCUCUGGACAAUGCUUUAAGCCAGAUUCUGGUGGAUCUUAGGCCUCAUGAUUUUGAAGCCUGGAGGUGGCGUUUUGAGGACACUUUUGGCGUGGAGCUUGACACUGUAAUAAAGAUUGGAAUAUUUAUUCUCAUCGUAACAGUGAUCAUCUCUACCGAGUUGUGGUCCACCAUCUCCUGGUUUUUGCAAUUUAGAAGAAUGUUUAUCAUCUGUUUUUUCGUCAGUAUUAUCUGGAACUGGUUCUAUCUUUAUAAGAUUGCCUUUGCUGAACACAAAAACAAUUUAAUAAAGAUGGACAAAGACUAUGAGAAUUGCAGAGGACUGAAGCAAAUUACCUGGAGUGACAGCCUGAAAGAGUGGUACCGAAGCACAUGGACUCUUCAGGAUGAUCCCUGUAAGAAAUACCACGAGGUUCUCAUGGUCAACCCCAUCCUGCUGGUUCCUCCAAUGAAGGCUAUUACUAUGACAAUUACAACCUUUAUCACAGAUCCUUUGAAGCACUUAGGUCAGGGAAUCAGUGAGUUUCUCCGAGCCCUCCUGAAAGAUCUGCCAGUUACCCUGCAGAUCCCAGUCCUCAUCGUCAUCACCCUCUCCAUAUUGGUGUUCAUGUAUGGCAGUGUGCAGGCAGUUUUCCAGCAUGGCAUCCUGGCACCUUUUCGUCGUCCUCAAAGGGAGAGGCCUCAUCCAGUCAUUGAGCCGCCUCCGCCAAAUCCCUUGAGGAUAGAAGAUCGAGCUAACGAGGAAGCAAGGGUUCAACCUGCAGUUGAGGCUGUCCCAAGGAACCGAGCCGACAACGCCAGAGUGGAAAGGAACAAUAUUCACCACAGGCGAGGACCACCUGUGGAGACGCUCAGGUCUGCUAGAAACGAAGUGGACUCUCAUCUGCGGGGGGAUGUUUCUGAAGAAGAGAGAACUUCUUCUGAGACGGAGCCUGAAAACCAGCAGUCGGACGUGGCAGCAAGCGGAGACAAUGUGAACACAGUUGAGUUAAAACCUAAAAAAAACAAGUCCAAUUUAAAAACGUCAAAAAGUCCACAGUUGAAGAAUUUUUCUGGAGAUAAUCGCAGCAGGGAGGAUGCAGCUGCCAGCUCUCAAGCAGGAGAAAGGCAGCCUGGAGUGCAAGAAGUUCAGGAUGCAGGAACUCCAGGAGACGAUGCCGCCACCUCUUCUUUGCUGAGAGAAAUCGAGUUGGUUGGGUCUCCUGUUCAGGAGACGCGUCUAACAGACGAAAUAUAGAUAUCUGUGAGAAACAGUCCUGAAAUGGGUGAAAAUCUUGAAUUAUCACCUGUUAGCGCUUAUUAAAAAAACUCUGACGACAGUUUUUUUUAUUUUUUUUAUAUGUUUUCACAGGAGGGGGCAUUUUGUUAUAAAAUAAUCAGGAAAUGUUUUUCUUUUUUAAAUUUUUUAAAGAAAAUGUUGUUGUCAACUGUUCUAAACAUUAUACAUUGUUUUUAAUUGAGGCUUAAAAGAAACGGGGAUUUAAAUAAAAUUGUCAAAAUAUUAUUUUUGAUCAAAUAAAGCUUUUGAUUUUAAAGUUGAAUUUAAAUGAUUGUUUUAUAUAUCGGGGAGGGGGCUUUAUAUGAAUUAUGAAAUGGUGCCGCUGAUGUUCAAAAUACUGCCUUUUGGUUAUUAAUAAAGUAUAAUUAAGUUAAUUAUAUUUUUCAGAAAUAAUAUUUAGGGGACUUUGUAAAAUUUCCAAUAAAUCUUGUUUUUUGGAAACUGAACAGAAAUUUGAAAUGUUAGAUUUAUGACAAAUGUUUGUCAGAAAUUUCAAACUGAAACACACAUUAAAGUUGGUGCCUGUCUGC